AUGCAGAUCGCGCGCAGGGCUGUCACCAAGGUCGCACCGUACGCGGCACAGGCGCUCGUGUCUAUGGCGGCCUACUCGGUUGGGCUGACCGCGACGCAGCUCGUGGGCUACUGCCUCCGCAUCUCGUGCCGCACGCCCGUCCUUGGCCCCUGCCUUGGCAUGGCUGGCGUCGGGUUUGCAUCCGUCCUGGCAGGCCAGGCGUCACUCGCUGCUCGUCGGGCGUUUGAGGACGGCGUGGACGGCGGCGGCGGCGGCGCCAAGCGGCAACUCAGGUGGUGGGCCCCUGUGAAUUUGGAGGAUGCCGCUGUUGACGCCGCGCUGGGCAUACUGAUUUUCAAGGGCGUCGGCGGCCGAUUCAGCGCGCUGAUGCCAAGCGACCUGGCGGCCCCAGGGGCCCUGGCAUUCGAGUCCGUCCCGGCGCGCGGGGACGGGUACGCGCCGCCGGGAGCCAGGCGGGAGCUGGCGCGCAUCUUCAGGCGCGAUGGCUGCCAUCAUUGCGGCACGCGCCAGGGCUCCGUCAUCGGCGACCACAUGCCGCCCAACAAGGUGGCGCUGGCGAGCAGUGGCGUGGUGGGCAAGCUGGAGGCAUGGGCCAACGACUUGCCAAUGCUCAAGCAGCCAACCAAGCUGCCCACCCAUGCAAAAGUGCGCACCAAGCUGCCCUUCCCGCCCCUGCUAGGCAUCCUUGUCGGCCUCCGCCAGAACGCGCCCACCUGGCAGCCGCCGCCCGCCGGCGGCCCCGGUGGCGGUGGCACGCGCGGCCGCCGCGCGCCCGCCUGGAGCCCCCUCGCCCUGGCCGCGGUGCUGGCGCCCUCCUCCGUGCCGCUGCAGCUGCCCUUGGCGUCCCUGAGCGGCGCGAGCUCGCCGCUGCUGGGAGCGGGGCCGUCCUGUGCGUCGGACCUCUGGGCGCCAGCAGCUGCACUGCAGCAGCAGCAGCAGCACCAGCAGCAGCAACAGCAGCUUGUUCUGGCGCACGGUUCGGUGGGUUCACACCUCGACGGCAGCGGCGGCGCGACGGCAUCGCAGCAGACGGGAGAGGCACAGCGCUGCGAAGCUCGGGACCGGAGGGGCCCGUCCCAGGUGCCGCUGCACCUGCUGGGAAGCUUCCAGCCGUGGAGCCAGGCACCGCCGCCGGCUGGGGCCGUCCACUACGGCCGCCACGACUACGCGGCGGCGGGCGACGCGGCUUGCAGGGUCGCGGCGGUGCCUUCGCUAGCAGAUGACGGCGUGCACGGCGAUGUGGACGCCAGGCAGGGCGGCGAGACGGUGCCCGCCGACGCCAAGCACCGGGCCCAGGCAGCGUUCGACCGGCACGUCACCUCCUGGGGCGCCUACGCGUGA